GGGGGCCGAGCCGGAGCCGCGGGCACAGCGCCCUCGCGGGGGGCCCCGCCGCGGCCAUGGAGCGCCGCUGAUCGCCGCCGAUCGCCGCCGGGAGACAAUGGCCCUGCACAAACUCUGCUCCGUGCUCGAAGUGUUGCUGGUAACAAUCCUUGUAGUGGAAGGGAUUGCUGUUGCACAGAAGACACAAGGUGGGCAAAAUAUCGGAGUGAAUCGCAUCCCCCCCACCCAGUGCGACAACUGGGUACGGACGAGUAAUGGAGGACAUUUUGCUUCACCAAACUACCCAAACAUGUACCCCCCAAACCAGGAGUGCAUCUAUAUCUUAGAAGCUGCUCCACGACAAAGAAUUGAAUUGACCUUUGAUGAACCUUAUUACAUAGAACCUUCAUUUGAGUGUCGGUUUGAUCAUCUGGAGGUUCGAGAUGGACCUUUCGGUUUCUCCCCUCUCAUCAAUCGUUACUGUGGUCUGAAAAGUCCUGCACUAAUUAGAUCAACAGGGAGAUUUAUGUGGAUCAAGUUUACAUCUGAUGAGGAGCUGGAAGGAAAGGGAUUUCAAGCAAAGUACUCAUUUAUACCAGAUCCUGACUUCACUUACCUAGGAGGCAUUUUAAAUCCCAUCCCAGACUGCCAGUUUGAGCUCUCAGGAGCUGAUGGAAUAGUACGUUCCAGUCAAGUAGAACAAGAAGGAAAAACAAAGCCAGGACAAGCAGUUGACUGUAUAUGGACAAUUAAAGCUACUCCAAAUGCUAAGAUCUACAUGCGCUUUCUCGACUACCAAAUGGAGCAUUCCAAUGAAUGCAAGAGAAACUUCGUGGCUGUGUAUGACGGGAGCAGCUCCAUCGAAAACCUGAAGGCCAAGUUCUGCAGCACCGUGGCGAACGAUGUGAUGCUGCAGACGGGGACAGGGGUGGUGAGGAUGUGGGCAGACGAAGGCAGCAGACUGAGCAGGUUCAGGAUGCUCUUCACUUCAUUUGUGGACCCUCCCUGCUCAGGCAACACUUACUUCUGCCAUAGCAACAUGUGCAUCAAUAAUUCUUUAGUCUGCAAUGGCAUCCAGAACUGUGCAUACCCUUGGGACGAGAAUCACUGCAGAGAAAAGAAAAGAACUGGAUUGUUUGAACAAAUCACAAAAACUCAUGGGACAAUCAUUGGCAUCACAUCAGGGAUAGUUUUAGUUCUUCUCAUCAUUUCAAUUCUAGUGCAAGUAAAGCAACCUCGCAAAAAGGUCAUGGCUUGCAAGACUGCCUUCAAUAAAACCGGUUUCCAGGAAGUGUUUGAUCCUCCUCAUUAUGAACUCUUUUCACUAAGGGACAAAGAAAUUUCUGCGGAUUUGGCAGAUUUAUCGGAAGAACUCGAGAACUAUCAGAAAAUGCGACGCCCUUCAACAGCUUCCAGGUGCAUCCACGACCACCACUGUGGCUCCCAGGCCUCGAACAUAAAACAGAGCAGGACCAACCUCAGCUCCAUGGAACUGCCCUUCCGCAACGACUUCGCGCAGCCCCAGCCCAUGAAAACGUUCAACAGCACCUUCAAGAAAAGUACUUACACCUUCAAACAAGCGCAUGAGUGCCCUGAGCAGGGUAUAGAAGACAGGGUGAUGGAGGAGAUUCCAUGUGAAAUUUAUGUGAGAGGAAGGGAGGAUACGGCACAAGGUUCGUUGUCUAUUGACUUCUGACUUCCUGGUGAAGGUGGUAUCGCUGUAUAUACGAGAUGCUUGUGUACAAUGACAGUGUACAUAUUAAAAGUGUAUCAUACGCAGCGUGUGAGAUGCACACACUUUUAGCUUAUUAUACUUCAUUAAAAAAAAAGAACAACCCAGUCUUCAUAACUAAUUCUUGCUGAAAAAUGGUGAAUUUCCUCCCAUCUUCCCAAGCUACCUAUCUAGUGGAGGAGUAAAACGGAGACUUUGCAUGGAAAUUAUAAGAGAGGAUAUUGGAAGAAAAAACCCUACAAGUACUAAUCACUGAACACUGAAAACAAUGGCUACUAUUCUCUUCUGGCUACCAUUUUUCUCUUCUUUAGACGUCUGCUUUUGAAGACAAUUUUAAUACCUCACUUGCAUAAAUAAAGUUAGUUAAGUGCACCCCGUGUAUGUCAACAUAGGUGUCUUAUUGUAUUUGUCAAACUGGAAAUAGAGUUAGUGUUAAGUGCCAGUUAAGACUCAAGAAUUAUGUUACUGCCAUCUGUUUCAUUUGCCUCCCAUUUUUAUUGCCUUUAAUUAUCAGUUCCUCACUCUAUGCUUUGUGAGAAAUAAGUGAAAAGGGUUACUGCCUUUUAAAAAUACUAAGUUAUAUUUUAGGACAUUUGGAAAUACAUAAUCUUUGCAGCUUUUGGUUAAACACAAACGAGUAGUCAUGUUAUUCUAGAUGCAGACUUUUACAACAGUUUUCUUUCAAGGUUUAGGAUUCUGAAAUAUUCUGCCAUGUAUUACAGCUCCAUAUGGCACAUUGAUUUCACAGCUCUGUACUUGGGAAACAAUUUUGUGCCUGCGUUUUCCAAGUAUUUACAUAAAUAGACUGUACUGUACAUUUGUCUCUUAAAAUAGCCUUUUACUCCUUGUUGCAGCCAAUCUUCCCUACUGAAAUCAGUGGUGAUACUUUUAGCUCAUGUCCUACUUGCCUGAAGAGAACUGCUCUGAGGUCUGUGUGAUUACCAGAUCUAUGAAGAUACUGGAAACAAAGAGAAUUCACAAAGCAACUCUUAUUAACCCUUAUGGAACCCUUCUUGUGCCCCUUGUUUCCACUUGCAAAAUUGCACAUUUCAUACCUUUUUUAAUGGUGGUUUGGACCUAAUUUUAAAAUUUUUACAGUAUAAAAAAUUUUUUAAAAUAUAUUCUCAUUGUGGUUUUUAAACUUUUUAUAUAGUGUGAUACUGUACAGACUAUUUAUUAUAUCACAAUCUAGCACCUGUACAGCAGGCUUGUGUCAGUGGCCCUCUUAGCAGCUCUGAGAACAAGCAGUCACUGCUGCACACAUCACAAUUUGCCAACAAUACUUGCCCAUGACUUCCACAUUAGCCUACAUUUUAUUUCCUGGUUGGUUUGAGCUUAUUCCAGUAUUUUUGGUACAUGAAACCUUUCACUAAAGCUGACCUGCCACCUUGCACUGGGCAUAGCCUUUAUUUACAGGUGUCAAAACAUAGUGUUUGUUGGGUUGACUGUAGUACAAACAAACAAAAAAUCGUCUUAAUGUAUGACUGUAGCAGUUGAAAAAUCUUUAAAAUAAAAGAUGAACAACAGCUGCAAUCACAAAUGUUCAUUAGAAUGACAAAGCAUUUUUGCAAUCUUUUUUACAAAUGCUUUGGAUGUAUGACAUUUAAAAAAAAAAAAAAAAAAAAAAGAGGGGAAUUGAGUUUCUUCAACACUUCCCAACUUCAAAGUUACUGCUGUCUGAUGUCCAGAAAGAACUUAAUCAGAAGCUCAUAUAUCAGACCCAUCAGGCUGUAUCCAGGUGUCAGUUUUUGUGCUGGUCUCAGAACGUAUUCCAAUUCGAAGGAAUGAAAAUGAGCAUUAUUUUUAGAUGCACUUCACACAGAAGAUAAGUGUUAAAAAAAAAUCUAGUAAAGUUUGACUCAAAAAUUUUUGAAUAUUUAAUUAAAGCAUUUGACAGAUUUCAUUUACUUUCAGUAAUAUUUUCAGUAAAUUUUACACUUUCAGUAAUAAAUACCUCACCAUGACCUAUAAGUCACAGAGUGUUAUUUCUGACAGUCUGUUAGUUCCAGAUUCUUUUUACAAGUACGUAGUUUACACAGGUCAUUUUUAUCCAUAUAGCUCCUGUAAGUGCUAGGUUUGCAUGAUUAAGUUUUCUUUUUAAGCUACAUUUCUCCAUGUGAUAAAAAUAACAUGAUCCCUACUCUUCCCUAAGUUAUGUCGUCUCUGAACAGUAAACCUGUAUUAAUAAAACAAACAGCAAGCCUCCAAAGCCCAGGUCUGUGAGGAAAAGGGACAAGCCCUGUUGAAGAAAUUCCCAAAUGGCUUGGAUAAUAUUUCAGUCUCUCAUAACAUUCCAAAUCCAUGAUUGGAGCACAGGUGCUUUUUGGCUACCCCAGGGCACACGGGUGAGCUCCCAUAGCCAGUCAUGUCCUUUGAGCGCAGCUUUUUCCAAUAUCCCCAAAUCCAUCUCUACAAGCUUUGCUUUCCUCCCUUCUUUGCUAUCUGUUCUGGCUGCUUUAGGAUGUAAGUCAAGACACUCCUGCCUGUUUAACACCUGCCCCAGAUUCCCAAUACAGAGCAAAGCUCUCCGAGAGGGAACUUCCCUGUAUUCCUGCAAUAGCAGACCCAAUCCUUACUGUGGCAAUAGCUGCACACAACCCUAAAGGAAUAAUGAUUUCUCUAGGCCUCUAGAAAUAGUAAUGGCAAGAAAAUGAAGUAUUGGUGCAAAGUGAAAUUAGCAUUGAACCUAAAAUUCUGAAAGGAAAACCUGUGCACAAUGUGUUUUAAAAGAUAAUAAUGCCUACACAUCUCUGGCAGUGUUGGGUUCAGUUACUUAGCUGUGCUCUAGGAAAUGAGGGGUAACUAUUACAGCCAUAAUUCCAUUUCCACUUCAGUAAAAUUCCUUUCACUGAGUGGACUGACUCAGAGUAUAGAAACUGGCAUUUUCAGCAAAAGAAUCUAGUAUUGGGUUUGCAGUCUCAAUCCAGUUGAAGUGGAUGUUGUGGUCUUUAAACUUUUUUUGGUAUUAGUGAAAAAUACCAUCUUUCUUAUUUUGCAAUAUCUAAGUACUUUUAGCAUUUUUUCAUUGUCUCCAUCUUAAAUUCAUGCAUUUCUAGGAGCAUCUUGAUUUUGCACUCGGUUGUACCCUUAUCUGCAAUACCAUCUGUUAACACUGAACGCUCAUUAGCAAAGAUCUGCUCACAAGACACACAGCUGACCAGGAAAAGACCAACAGCAGGAACUACUGUUUGGUAUUUAUAAUUAAUUUUUACCUUUUAUCUUAGUAGCUUAGCCAACUAUCUAAUAUGAAUAAGGAAUUGUGAUAAAAAUUGUAUAAGUAAACCUCAAGCCAACAUGAAAAUAAAGGUGACUGUGAACUCUUGCAAGCUCUGUGAGAAGACAUCUGCAUUUACAGGCAUGACAACAGUGAUACAGGGAACUGAGGCUUAACACUGUUCCUGACUCUGAAAUAUAUCAGUGAUGGCAGAAAUACUAAUUUGUACUUAAAAUGCAUGAGAUUCUCUUGUCUGCUGUAGACAGGAUGACCCUCAUAGCACAUACAAAUUACAAUGGCAUAUUAUAAGAAUUAGUCUAUUUUUACUAAACCAAUACAAAGAAGGGUUGUGAAAAGAACUGUCAUUGAUUUACAAGAAAAGGUGCUUGCUGUGUGAACAUGUCACAGAACUUUUAAGUCAUUAAAAUAGUUUGUUUUGGUUUC